AGACGUUUGAUUUCGUUGUCACCCUGAAAUUUGUGGAAACUUCAUUCCAGCUCGGUAAUCUCCAUUGUAUAGUUCUACAACGGAACGGGUCAUUUGGUCUGUCAAAAGCUGUCUAUUUACGGAAAUUAGAAAAUUAAACGCUAGAACCUCGAGAUAUCCGUGAAGCACGUGUACCAUGGCUGAUUGGGAAGGGGAGCAGGACGUGCGCAACGAAGAGGAGCAGGUGGUGGCGGAGCGAGGAGCCAGUAAGUCCCCGCAGUCAGAGACUCGAUCGGAAAGCGAGAGCAGCGAGGAAGAAGACAAUUGGUCCGAAAAGCAAAAGGGCACCCAGGGUCUAGCAGCGAAAUCUGAUUUGGAACUAACAAAGACCAAGGAACUUGCCGGGGUGCGUCAACAGCCCAAGAAUCUGAUUAAUUCUCGCCACGAGAAGCCGCGAAAGAAGAUGACUACCUCUAAAAUCGCAAAGCUGAAGGCCAAGUUUAACUGGCUGAUGCUGGAUGCCAAUGAUGAGAGUCGGUGCCACUGCCUCAUUUGCGAAACGCGGCUGCGCUUCACCGUGUUCCACCUAAGGCAACACAGUGUCUCUCGCAAGCACACCAGGGGACUGAAGCGGCAGAAGCGCAACAACGAUAAGAACACUGCGCCAUUGUUCAGCAUCAAUUCAGAAGCCCCCGCGGAUGUGGAAGUGCCAGAGCCUGGCUUAGAGAUGGACAUGGAUAGUGACACUGACAAGAGCAUGCGAUCUGACGGCAGCAUGGCAGAGCCGCCGGCAAAGCGAUCCCGCAAGCACAUCCUUCGCGCCAAUCAGAAGACCAAGAACAAGCGCCACGAGGAGCGCAGUCAGCUAGACAUGGACAAGAUCUGCUCCUCACUUGAUAUUUUCAAUCGACUUGUAACAAAGGAGGGAAAAGGGAACAUGGGACAAGACAACAAUACUGGGCAACCUUCGGAGCCCCGGCACCCAAUGGAUCUCUUCUUUGACAGCAUUGUGCCUACCAUGAAAUCUCUGCCUGCGGACUUGGCCGCCGAGGGCAAAGCCAAUAUCAUGCAGGUGGUUUGUAACUUGGAGAUUAAAGCCAUGCGCAGGGAUUCCGCAAAGGCAGCAUCUCGCGUUUCUACCCCCGCUCCACUGAAUCCUGUUGCAGCUCCUCCUGCUACUGCUGCUGCUGACUCUGCAGCUGCAGCUGCUUCAUUUAAACCCAAACCUGCUGCUGAUAUCGAUUUCCAUUCCAAAGUCAUCACAAUUAACGAAGACGACCAGAUCAUGCAGAACAACAACAAUGACUUGGAAUCUACUCCGAAUACGUCAGCCAACGGGGAUACAACCGUGUCUCUUGCCAACACCGGCAAUCCCCAAGACCUUCUGGAUGUGAACAAACCGCGCCCUUGCCGAUUUGUGCCGCUACAUAAGUUAAUGAAUCCGAAUUUAUAUCCUUAGACCCAACCAUCCCACGCCUUGGGCCGAAAUUUACAAUGGCAAUUUCCUGGUCCCACUCCGACAAACACACCUGAAAAAGAACAAUAGCUGAACGAUGACCAUCACUAAGGCAGUCGCAGCAGCAGCAGCAUUCUGGUGGUCCCAACAGCAUCCAUCUGACCUUUGAGCUCCUGCGAAUAUCAAAGCUAAUCCACUGCCUUAGACUUAGUAAUUUUCAUGAUUUAUAAAUUGCUUAAUGAUCCAUUCAAA